ACUAAAGUUGCUGGGCAGCCGGGAGCGGGCAGCACCUUUUCUCUCAUUCCAGUCGUACACGCAGUCUGCUCCUUAGCCAACCUGUAUGGUGGAUAUAAUAUUCAACUCUUCUUUUUUGGAUGAUAUGGGGGAUCAUUCCAAAAGGAAGUCCGGACUUGCGAUGUGUGUCGGCUGUGGCAGUCAGAUUCAUGACCAGUACAUCCUGCGGGUCUCCCCCGACCUGGAGUGGCACGCAGCCUGCCUGAAAUGUGUGGAGUGCAACCAAUACCUGGAUGAGACAUGCACUUGCUUUGUACGAGAUGGAAAAACUUACUGCAAGAGAGAUUAUGUAAGAUUGUUCGGUAUAAAAUGCGCAAAAUGCAGUUUGGGAUUUAGCAGCAGUGAUUUGGUCAUGAGAGCUCGGGACAGUGUUUAUCACAUCGAAUGUUUUCGCUGCUCGGUGUGUAGCCGGCAGCUUUUGCCCGGGGAUGAGUUCUCUGUCCGGAACGAGGAACUGCUGUGUCGAGCAGAUCAUUGUCUUUCUCUGGAGCGCGGAUCAGGUGGAAGCCCACUUAGUCCGGGAAACGUCCACAGCAGAGCUUUACACAUGGCAGCUGACCCGGUGUCGGUCCGACAAACCCCACAUCGGAACCACGUGCACAAGCAAUCAGAGAAGACCACUCGCGUAAGGACAGUGUUGAACGAAAAGCAGCUGCACACUUUACGGACGUGCUACAACGCAAACCCGCGUCCAGAUGCGCUCAUGAAGGAGCAGCUGGUGGAGAUGACAGGCUUGAGCCCGCGAGUCAUUCGAGUGUGGUUCCAAAACAAGCGCUGCAAGGACAAGAAGAGAUCUAUACUCAUGAAACAGUUACAUCAGCAACAUGGCGAUAAGACUAAUCUGCAGGGUAUGACGGGCACUGCGCUGGUUGCAGGCAGUCCGAUAAGACAUAAUCCUUCACUGCCAGGACACCCAGUGGAUGUACAGACUUAUCAACCUCCAUGGAAAGCUCUCAGCGACUUUGCACUCCAGAGUGAAUUAGAUCAACCUGCCUUUCAACAUCUGGUCUCUUUUUCGGAAUCGGGUUCUUUAGGAAACUCAUCGGGCAGCGACGUGAACUCUCUUUCAUCACAGUUGCCAGACACACCGAACAGUAUGGUACCGAGCCCGGAGACGUGAGAACGACUGAUCGUCUGUUGGCAAAUCAUGCUCUCCAUACUCUUCAUGAGACCAACUCAUCACAGGCGUGGGAAAUUCCAUUACCUUCACCGGACAGCUCCAUCAGACGUGUUUCAACAAACUGCACCGAGAACAGAGGAACCCCCCCAAAUACGUCACCAAAUCCAUGAUGGGUCUGGAAGUAAAAUGAUGCAAACUGAAACUCCGCAUUGUAGACGUACCUGAAAUGAGGAGACCAUGUUCACACAAAAUGGAUAUUCGUUAUUGGUUAUGAUUUAUCUGUUUUUGGUAGUUUUUUGUAAAAAAUAUCUUUUCGAAAGACUCACUUUCAGAAGAAAGGAUUUUUUUUGUUCGUUGUGAAAUGUAAUGGCAGACCAUUUGAGUCUAUGAACAAAAUUAAGUUAUUGUUAUUUAUUGUCACUUCAAAUCGCAAAAAAUAAA